AUGGUUGCUUGCAAAUCUUUAGUUGUGUUGGCACUCCUCUCCAUCCUUGAGCUUGUUGCAGCACAUGGCUGUAUUAUUGCUGCAACUGGUGAUGCUGGCGGCAAUGGCACUGCUCUCGGCAUCGACUCGUCGACCCCGCGUGACGGCACAAGACGACGUCCCUUUCAGCAAGAUACCACUCGUUUCGCGGGCGACCAGGCCGACACCUUUGGCGAAACGCUCGAAGGUGGCGAUAAUGAUCCCGAGGCCGGCACUGCUGCUAUUCUUGCUGAGAGUGGCGGUACGCUUCCUCAGAUCACACCCGGCGGCGAGGUUCAGAUGACUCUUCACCAGGUCAACGCUGACGGUGCCGGGCCUUAUACUUGCAUGAUCAACGCCGAUGGAACAGGCACCACAUGGACACAGAUGACCGUGACUACACAAGUGGCGGGUAGACGUGGCAAUAAUCGAGCUGGAUCUGAGACCGACCAUCCUCUUGUUGCCGCCGUACCUGCAGGACAGACCUGUACCGGGACAGUCGCAGGCCAAGAUAAUGUCUGCAUGGUCCGAUGCGAGAAUCCAGCAUUGGCAGGUCCCUUUGGUGGAGUUGUUCCUGUCCAGAUGUCUUCAAGCGCCACAGCUGGAACUGCUUCCAACAGCACUGUUGCAGCGACUGGUACGGCCGACGACACAGCCACAGACGCGGCCACUGGCUCGGCCUCAGACAUCGCUGCCGCUGCUAAUGGUAACAACGACAACGUCAGUCCAGCUGAAAAGGCCGCGGCAAUCCGUGAAGAUGCGCAAAGAAAACGCCGGGUCCGAAGACAAAUUUCCCGCAUCGAACGCGAUACCGCAGCUGCAAUUGCAUACAGACAUGGCGCACGCUCCUAG